CGCCGCCCGCGCCCCGCCGGUGCCGGCCAUGGCGGCGGAGGAAGAGGAGGCGGCGGCGGCGGCCUGGAUGGACCAGGCCCUGGACGUGGCUAAAGAGACGCUGGAGAAGGGGGAGGUUCCCGUCGGUUGCCUCCUGGUGUACAACGGCGAGGUCAUAGGGCGAGGGGGGAACGAGGUCAACGAGACGAAGAACGCUACUCGUCACGCAGAAAUGGUGGUAAUCGAUCAGGUCCUUGACUGGUGCAAGGAACAGAACAGAGAUUAUACAGAAGUGUUUGCACAGUCGGUGUUGUACGUGACUGUAGAGCCUUGUAUCAUGUGUGCAGCGGCCGUGCGAUUGAUGAAAAUUCCACGGGUCGUAUAUGGCUGUCGAAAUGAGCGUUUUGGAGGCUGUGGCUCAGUUUUGAGCAUCUCUUCUGACGAUAUGGUAGACACAGGAGAACCAUUUCAAUGCACUUCUGGGUAUCGCGCCAAAGAAGCCGUGGAAUUGUUAAAAGCUUUCUACAGACAAGAAAAUCCCAAUGCACCAAAAUCAAAAGUACGGAAAAAGAACAAUCGGAAUUAGCCCCACACUGGCAGGAGACAGCAACUUACCAAAAAAUGAUACGUGAAGGUUUCUUCAGCAUCCUUCUUUCUUAAAAUGUGCAGGCCAAUGAAACCAUGUCUAAUGUUCUGUUAUUACUAAUAAGAUACUUCUUGUUCCUGUAUUUCUGUGUAUGUGAUUGCUUGUUACCAUACAUGAUGUAACACAAGUGUAAGUGGCUGGUUUUAGAAAGAGGGACAUUUAUGAUUCAAGUUCACUGGUUGACAGCCAGAUGAAUCCACUGAAAUGAUGCCAUUCCAUACAGUAUGUUCUAGAAUAUUUUCUUUCCUUCUAUCUGUGGAGAAGUGUCGUGCUUUUCAACAGCAAGUGUUUACUUAGGCAAGUAAGUCCCUUGGAAGAUUAAGUUUGUGAGACCUUCACGGUCCUCCUGUGUAUAUUUAAUCAAAAGGCAAGCUAGAACAUAAGAGGUUCCAAACAAACAAAAGGAAGAGCUUCAGUGUGGGGCUGACAGAGCAUUGGAACGGGCUGCCCAGAUGAGUUAUUGAAUCUUCUCUGGAGACAUUCAAAACCCAUCUGGAUGGAAUUCCUGUGUGAUCUACUCUAGGUGGUCCUGCUCUGGCAGGGGAGUUGGACUAGAUGAUCUUUUGAGGUCCCUUCCAACCCUUAAGAAUCUGCGAUUCUGUGAAUUGUACAGUCCUUGAAGACUGUACUAUUGUAAUGGUUCUUCAUGGUUUUUACACUCCCUCUGGCACAAGCCAAAUUUUCAGGCAUAACUUCUGAAAGUCACAUACAAAUGGAGGCAGGUAGAUGUGCAGAAUCACACCUUUCUGUCUGUAUGUGCUAUUGCUUAACAAGCUUUAGGAAGCCUCACUUGGAUGCACAGUAUCUUCAUAUCAAGUUGGAGAGAAACUCUACAACUCUUUGGACGGUCCACUCCUCUCGUGAAUGUUAGCAUAAGAAAUGCUUUAUUGUUAAGAAUGUGCCAAGAAAUUGUUCUCAGCUACUAAAUUACAGCAACUGAGAUGGGCAGAUACAUGUGAAAGCCAGGAAAUGAAAUUGGCAAUAGUAUGAAGAAAAUACAUUUGAGAUACUUAUCUUUUUGUAGCAUUGGCUAGCUUCAUCGUUUCUGUGUACUUUGCCUGGCCAUGCAGUACUGGAUGAUCCAGAAGAGGGCCUUAUAGUUCCACUAAUGAAUUAAGAAUACAAAUACAGUUCAGUCUUGAUUACAUACCUCUUAGUGGAUACUCAAGCAUGAAACUCUGCACUUAAUUCAGCUGGCUUUCAGGAACUUGAGAAGUGCCCUAACUUUUUAGGUUUUUUAAUGUAAAAGAGUGGUUAGAAUUCUGUGAUUAUAAAAACUGAAUACAAUUAAACCUUUUUGAUAUUUCAAAUAAA